CUAUUAUUUAUCGAUUACAAAUAGCAAUUUUUAUUUGUGGAUUUUUCAAACGCUUGAGAAAAUAACUCAUACAUUUGAUGCGUGAGGAUUCGAAUCGUUUAGAAGUGUUUAUUUUUGAAGCUGUAAGUGUCGAAACUGUUAAACAUGAGCGUAACCAGUAAAUUUUUGUCAUCUGAGAACGGGAUGCGCCACGAUAAAGUAGCAAUUUUGGAUGCAGGUGCACAAUAUGGAAAGGUGAUAGAUCGAAAAGUUCGAGAAUUACUUGUGGAAUCGGAAAUUUUGCCGUUAGACACUCCAGCCAUUGUGUUGAAAACAAACGGAUAUAGGGGUAUUAUAAUUUCCGGUGGACCAAACUCGGUAUAUGCUGACGAUGCACCUAAUUAUGACCCAGAUAUAUUUAAAAUUAAAAUUCCUGUAUUGGGUAUUUGUUAUGGAAUGCAACUCAUAAACAAAGAAUUCGGUGGCACCGUUCACAAAAAAAAUGUGCGUGAAGAUGGACAGGAAAACAUCGAAAUAGAGACAGGAUGUCCCUUAUUCAACCGCCUCAGUCGCACACAGUCUGUACUACUUACUCAUGGGGAUAGUGUAGAACGAGUUGGAGAUAAAUUAAAAGUGGGAGGUUGGUCUUCAAACCGAAUUGUAACGGCAAUUUAUAACGAAACUUUGCGCAUAUAUGGGGUGCAGUUUCAUCCAGAAGUGGAUCUUACUACAAAUGGGAAGCAAAUGUUCUCAAAUUUUUUAUUCGACAUUUGUGAAGCUACACCCAAUUUUACACUAGGAAACCGCAGAGAUGAAUGUAUCAAAUAUAUCAAGGACAAAGUUGGACCCAAUAGAGUUUUGUUGCUUGUUAGCGGAGGAGUUGAUUCAACUGUCUGUGCAGCUUUGCUCCGGCACGCUUUAAAUCCAAAUCAAAUUAUUGCUGUCCAUAUUGAUAAUGGAUUCAUGCGCAAGGGUGAAAGUGAGAAAGUUGAAAAAUCUCUGCGGGAGAUUGGUAUUAAUCUUGUAGUAAAGAAAGAGGCCUACCGAUUUUUAAAAGGUACAACGCAAAUCAAACGUCCGGGACAGUUUUCUGUUGUGGAAACUCCUAUGUUGUUUCAAACAUUUAAUCCAGAGGAAAAACGUAAAAUUAUCGGAGAUGUUUUUGUAAAAAUAACGAACGACAUAGUAGCGGAAAUGAAGUUGAAACCCGAGGAGGUAUUGCUUGCUCAAGGAACCCUUCGACCAGACUUGAUUGAAUCUGCAUCCAACUCAAUUAGUCAGACCGCGCAGACUAUCAAAACACAUCAUAAUGAUACAGAACUAAUAAGGCAAUUACGAAACGCUGGCCGUGUAGUUGAGCCAUUAAGUGACUUUCACAAGGAUGAAGUGAGAGACUUAGGUAGAGAUCUAGGACUUCCAACGGAAUUAGUUGAAAGGCAACCAUUCCCGGGACCGGGUCUAGCAAUAAGAAUUCUAUGUGCUGAAGAACCUUAUAUUGAAAAAGAUUAUUCAGAGACACAGGUUAUAGCUAAAGUAAUAGUAGAUUUUCACAACAAGCUACUUAAAAACCACGCAUUAAUUAAUCGCGUCAUUGGUUCUACAUCAGAAUCGGAACAAAAGGAACUGAAACGCAUUUCGUCAAGUGAUAAAAUUCAGGCCACUGUUUUGCCUUUGCGCACGGUUGGCGUUCAAGGAGAUAAAAGAAGUUACAGCUAUGUCGUUGGACUUUCUAGCAGUGGAGAUCCGUGUUGGAAUGAUUUAAUAUUUUUGGCCAAACUGAUUCCUCGUAUACUCCAUAAUGUUAAUCGUGUGUGUUAUAUAUUUGGUGAUCUUGUUCAAUAUCAAAUUACUGAUAUUACCCACACUACGCUUAACAGUUAUGUUUUGGACCAAUUAAGGGAGGCAGAUGCCAUAGCAAACGAAAUAUUAAUGCAAACGGGCCUUCACCGCAAAAUUUCGCAAAUGCCGAUCGUUCUGAUUCCCAUACAUUUCGAUAGAGAUCCAACUAAUCGAACUCCGUCGUGCUGUAGGUCAAUAGUUUUGAGACCGUUUUUAACAAAUGAUUUCAUGACGGGCGUUCCAGUGAUUCCUGGUUCAAACCAAUUGCCUACGCAGGUUUUAACCACCAUAGUUCAUGAAAUAUCUAAAUUAGAUGGGAUCUCGAGGGUUCUAUACGAUCUGACAGCAAAGCCUCCUGGAACAACCGAAUGGGAGUGAUUCUUGGAUAUAUUUUACAUUCAUUUAUAAAGUUUAUAAUUUACACAGACACAUUGUCAGUACCGAUUAUUAAAAAAAAACAA